ACUAACAAAUCCAAUACUUCCAAGAGCAAGACUAAUGUUUCUAGUAACUCCAAGAUUGAUAAAAAAACAAGUAAAACUUCCGAAGGUCUAGAAGAAAAGCCAGAAAAGGCAUUGGGCGCGGCUCUCAUCGUCGAUUACCGAUUGCUAUGGGAAUAUACUGGCAUUAAUCCGAUAACUUUAUCAAAAGUGGAGAGAACUUAUGGCUUUAGUGGUCGUUGA